UAACACCAGAUGAACUGGAUAUCCCCGAGUUCAAACAAUACAAUAAAGAAAUAUAUGAGAGUUCAAAAUCUGGUAAUCGUAGACGACGCAAGUCGACACGUGAAGAUUGUGACACUGCUUCCUCCUUGGAUGGCUAUGAUGGGGAAGAUGGCAAUGGUUCUGUAACACAUGCCGAAUUUCGUCGUCAAAUACAUAUUCAAUCUGAACAAAGACGACGGGCGGAAAUAAAAGAUGGUUUUGAAGAACUUCGUCGACAACUUCCGAUUAAUAAUAACGGUCGUAAAAUGAGUAAAGCUCUUUUGCUUCAGAAAA